UAGAUUGGAGUUAUAAAAUGGCGGCCUGGAGCGUGUUGGGUGCUGUUCCACCAGCGGUCUCUGGUUGAUCUUGCCGCUCUCCCUCACUGCCGAGCACAGAGAGGCGAGAUCCCUGGAGGACAUGGUGUUUGAGACCCCAGGCUUGCUGACCACCAAGUUCUUCGAGAAUCUCAGCUCACCGGAAGCGACCAGACGCGCUCAGCCGGGCGAGCAGCGACCGCUUCACACCCGAGGCCCGCGGCUGCGACCUCUCACCUGCUCGCGGUCGCUCACCCGGCUUUCGCCGCAUCCACAGUACAGCGAGUGCCGCGGCGGCCGCCCGGUAGGUUUGGAAAGAUGGCCAAAAGAGUUGCUGAGAAGGAACUGACGGACAGGAAUUGGGAUCAGGACGAUGCCGCAGAAGAGGUGGGAACAUUCUCAGUGGCCAGUGAGGAAGUCUUGAAGAACAGAGCCAUAAAGAAAGCAAAGCGUAGAAAUGUUGGAUUUGAAUCUGAUAGUGGAGGGGCCUUUAAAGGUUUUAAAGGUUUGGUCGUCCCUUCUGGAGGAGGAGGGUUUUCUGGAUUUGGUAACGGUGCUGGAGGGAAGCCUUUGGAAGGACUGUCUAACGGAAGUGGUGUAACUAGCGCCCCUCCCUUCUCCAGCGCAAGGGCAGCCACGGAGAGCAAGGCAGCCUUUGGAUCUGUUGCUGCAAAUGGUCCUACCUCCUUGGUCGAUAAAAAGAUUUUAACUCCCAAAACUAAUGGUGACAGUCAGCAGCCCUCGUCGUCUGGCCUUACCUCCAGUGCAGCCUGCCCCCGGAAUGCCUAUCACAAGCAGCUGGCUGCCUUAAACUGUUCCGUUCGGGAUUGGAUCGCGAAGCACGUGGACACAAACCCGCUGUGCGACCUGACGCCCAUCUUUAAAGACUACGAGAAAUACCUCGCGGGUAUCGAACAGCAGCACGGGAGCAGUGGCAGCAGGAGUUCCGAAAGUGAAACUAACAAAAUGCCACUUGCCACACAGUCCCCUUCCCUAUUCGGGUCAACAAAACUGCAGCAAGACUCGCCAUUUCCGUUUGCUGGCAACAAGGUGGAGGACACCUCUGAGAAGAAGACGGACCCGUCCGUAGGAGCCGCAAGUGCCUCGUUUAACUUCGGCAAGAAAAUCGACAGUUCUGUCUUGGGCUCAUUAAACUCCGGCCCCCUGACUGGAUUUUCGUUUUCUUCUGGCAACUCCAGUUUAUUUGGCAAAGAUCUUACCCAGAAUAAACCAGUGUCUUCACCAUUUCCCACGAAAACGUUGGAGGUGCACGCCGAAGGCGGCAGUAGCGAAUAUAAAGGCGGAGAUGACGAAGAGAGUGACGAGCCGCCCAAAGUAGUAGUUACCGAAGUAAAAGAAGAAGAUGCUUUUUACUCCAAAAAGUGUAAACUGUUUUACAAGAAAGACAACGAAUUUAAAGAGAAAGGCGUGGGUACUUUGCAUUUAAAACCUACGGCCAAUCAGAAGACGCAGCUGUUAGUGCGGGCAGACACCAGUUUAGGCAACAUACUGCUGAAUGUUCUGAUCCCACCCAACAUGCCGUGUACCCGAACGGGGAAGAACAACGUCCUGAUCGUAUGUGUUCCAAAUCCGCCCAUCGAUGAGAAGAAUGCCACCAGCCCGGUCACCAUGUUGAUCCGGGUGAAAACAGGCGAGGACGCGGAUGAGUUGCACACAAUUUUACUGGAGAAAAAGGAUGGCUGAGCGCACUUGGGCCGAGGGAUCGGCGCCAGGCUGCUGCUCCCCGCCUGCCCCUUAGACUUAGUCAGGUGUUCUUCUCUUCUCACUUUGACAUUCUAAGAACUUAGAGAUAACGUUAAACUUUGUGAGGAAGAUUAAUAUGGCCAAUAAAACCUUUAAACGUUAAGUGUCAAGAACCUGUAUUCUCCCUUCUUAAGAACUGUCUGAUGUGUAAAAUACGUUUGAGUGAAAUUUUUUGGAAGAUUUUUAAUGUUCAUUUAUUAAACUGACCACAAGUGGUUUCUUAAUAGGCUGAAAUCAGGGUAUCGAUUAGACUUCCCAAAGGCUGUUCCGGUCCACGGGUUUUGGGGUCUGCUGCCACCGCCGGCGAGGCCUUCCGUAGCCCCCGUGGCCAGGAGGAAGCUUGCCUGGGGCUUCUCUCUGGUGGGCUUGACUGAUUUGGGAGAACAGCACUCUUUCCAAGUGAAUCGUGCUACCACGCUGUGACCGAGGUAUUUUUCCUUUGCUUUCUCGUAUUGUUAUUUUAAGCUGAACCACGAGUACUAAAUGUCCCCCCUCAGCAUUAGAGGCUUCCACUUUUUAUUUGCAGACAUUGGCCUUUUAACCCUGUGGGCUGCUUUACCCGAUUGAGGAACUGCUUUUUCAUUUUAAAAGGAAACAAGUAGCUUGUUCUUUGGUUUCGUAGUUUCAUCCUCGAGGUGCUGUUACUUCUGUCUUCCCCUGCAGACAAAGAGAACUGAGGGGGAUUGCCAGGAACGAGGUUUAAAAGCACAAAUUUGGUAGCUUAUAGUUUAUAGACCAUGGACCACAAACCCUUGUAGAGAUGACAGUUAAGUCAAGGUUAGAGCAUAGUACGAAAGAAACAAUACGUCUUAGCUGUUUGUGCCAUGAUGGACCCUGUGGAUCUAAGAGCUACUUACAAUUCAAAGUCCUAGGAGUUUUUACUACACAUGAGCCAUGUGAAUUAGCCAGGAAACACGCAAUAAGGUAAUGGAAUUGAAACUGUGUGUGACUGUUGCCUUUAACUUUAGAUAGAAGUAUGCUCUACAUUUGAUACCUGAAGUUUCCGCUUUUUUACAAGAUACUCAGUACGUCCAUUUGGGAGGGAGCCAUGGUUAUGCACGAGCAGAGCCAUGUCACUUCUCCACAGCUGUCAGGUCACGGAUCCUAGUGUUCUUGGAAGAUUCUGGGCACAUGACUUAGCUACAGAUUUUAAUGUUUAAAUGUCCACUUUCAUUCCUCGUUAAUCAUUUAAUGCUGGUACCAUAUGAUCUUGUUUCAAGGCUCAGGGUCCGUGCCUGAGGGCUCCCACUUGUAUGUUUUGAUCUUCAGUACGUAAUGUCUUCUGACUUAGAAAAGAGUAGAAAAUAAUUGUAGAUAGUACAGUUGCUUUUUUUAAAAGAAGCUGUAAUUUUUAGAGAUUUAUAAAGGGGACAGGGAAACCAUUUUAUGAUCCAGUAUGUUAACUCAGAUGCUUGAGUGGGGUUGUUGGCCAACAGGUUAUCAUGAGAUGCCUGCACUUCUGUUUUCUGAUUGCGGUGUGAGACUCUGGCCCAGGGUGUGACUCUGGAUGACUGGGGGGGCUGCGGUCAGGCUCUCACGUUGGCAGAACCAGGGAGGGAGUGACAGUUACUUUAUUACUUUUGCGUUUUCUUUUUAGAAUCAAGAAUACUCUGGAGUGUUUGUUACAGGUGAUUUCUAGGACGUGGUGGUUGACAUGUUAUAGUGGCCGUGCCCGCCACCCCCCCCAGCCGUGGGUGAGGUUUACCCAGCUGCUAGGAGGACAAGGAAAUGCAGGGCAUGGAUUUCUGUCCCGUGUGGCCCACCCGUGGUCCCCAGGAGCCGCGAGGUCACUCGGGCACUUUCAGGGACUCUGCGCUGGCAGCAGCCUCUGCGUGGCCAGUGGGACGUUUGCCAAACGUGGCCCAGCAGCAUCAGGGUUGGGUCACCUUUCGCCCCCCACCCCUCAUGUGGCUUUCUUUUUUCCUGACAUUCCCAGCACAUUAUUGCUGCUAAGACUCGCUGUUAAAGUGACGAUUACAGGGACAGGUGUGGUGCGUGGGCUGUAACUCCCAGCAUGGUAUUUCCUUCAUGCUGCUUCCCCUUUGGUCUCUACUUUAAUCAUGUAUUGAACCAGAAGAGCCCGAGCGCGUGUGGGUUUUCCUACGAAACCUAAAUAGUUCUGUGUUACUUGGAGGAAGAGCCCCUUUGGCCCCCGAAGGCCCGCCUUCUCUCCGUGGCUGGAUUAGUAGCUAAAUAACGCCCCAUGGGGUUAGUUAGAUUUGUUUUUAACAAAAAUACUAGAAAUUGGGCUUUAAAAUGUUUAACAUAGACUGAAAUUUUGUUUUUCGUUAGAGGAUCUAGGACGUAUGUCAUCUGUGUGGCCUGAAGGGAGGUGUUUUUAACCUUUAACCCGAAAUCAGUUGUGUUGCAUCCUGAUAGAUACUGAGGGUUCCAGUGGCCUUUUAAAAACUGCUGUGUGUCCUUCUUGUGAGUGUUCCCCAGUAAGCAAAAAAAUGAGCGUUGUGCUGUCUUUGUUUUUAGCAUUACAGGCUGGAAAUGUGUGUCCAGGUUUUAAAGCAGUUUAGAUUGUGUUUUCCAGGGAAGGACAGGUCUGACCAUUUCUGAGUUGAUUUUCUCGAAAAGGAUUAUAGUUUUACAGUUUCAGUUCUAAAUCAUAUUUUUGAUACGCUGCAUGCCAAAAAGAAUCUGCCUGUUCUGGGGUGGAGGAAGAAAAAUCCCAUCGUACUCUCCGAGUGCAGAACAAGUCCUCACUGAGAAAGCCGUUUUGGUUUCGUUUGAAAGUUAAACACGUCUUUUGAGGAUCUGUCAGCUCUUUGAUUUCUGAAGUCAGAAUGUGAGCACAGUGCAUUUUGAAGGCUUUGCAAACCCAAUGGCUCACUCCCAAACCCCUGGCUAUUCGUUCUCAUUCUGGAAGUGAGAAUCUGUGGUAUAAAGUGGCGUGUCCCACGGUGCCGGCAGGCGACUGCGAGGAGCCCAUCGGUCCCGCUCUGAGCACCGGGCUCUUCUUGGCCAGAGGCAAUCAUGGUUAGGACUCCGGGCCUCUGCUUGACGCAGACGCGAUCAGAACAGAUGUAAAACUUCUUAGCAAUCAGAUAAGUUGUUUGCUUUCUAUUUUACAUAGGAAAUUGUUUUCUAAAACUAAAAUACUUGAAUUGUCAGACAAUGUAAUCUCAGUUUGUAUUCAUUAGUUUUUGAGGAAGUGUAAUAAUCCAUGAAAUGUGAAUAAAUGGAAAGUAAACAAAA